CACAAAUAUUUUCUUUGAAAACACAGAUGUUUGCUUAGGUGUGUGCUCAUACCCAUCUGGUUUCUGCAACGUGCAAACUAGAAACAUUUAUAAAAGAGACCCCAAACAAAGAGAUUUUUUGCAGAGAUUCAUUGUAUUCUUGCAUUUGGUAUGAAAAAAAAGAAAAUGUCCUGAGUAUAACAUUUGCUGGUUUUGUAAUUUAUUUAAACACUUCUAUGCUUUAAAAUGCAUUGUAAUGAUAAAAUAUACUAAUCUUUACUAAAUCCAGCCAAACAUUCUGGAUCAUUGGUGUUUGUCUCUACUCACACCUCUGAAAAAUAACUGGAAUCAGCAGUUAGAACUAAAUCAGCUACUUGGAAGAACAGCAAAACGUUUUUUAUAUCAACCUCUUAAGUCCAGUUGACCUGAAGAACAAAAUACUGUCUUAGUGUUCCUUUUUAAAAGAUAUACUUUGAAUGGUUCUUAGGUUGUCUUCCAUAAUACUAGUAAUAUAUUUGUUGAAGUCCAAAUUGACUUCCCUGGGUUCUUCUAUUAUAGGAUUAUAGUUGAAGGUUAUAAUAAUAAGACUGAAACUUUGGUUCGCCUUUGCAAAGGGAGAAUUCCAGCACAGCUGCUCACAUCUGCUCCUCACACAGAAUGUGCUAAAACUCUGCCUUCCCCUUUUCAGCAGGCUCCUUUUAUUGAUCCACACAUAAUGUAUGCAUCCUGCUCAUUAAGACACAUGAUGUAUGCAUGACUAACAUUCUGCCCAGUUAUUUUUUAACAGCGCCUCCAAGUUGACUCACAUUCCUCUUUUGACCUUUGUCACCCUUCACUUACUCUUUUGACCUUUGUCUAAAGUUCUCUUAACCACAUCCUUCACUUGAAGUCACAAGUUAUCUCACACAUGUCUCAUGUUUGCUUGACUCACGUAUAAAACAUUAAUAUACUUUUAAUUAUAGUUCCCACAACUUCUUAUGCUGUCGACACCAGAAAUGUAAUGCAGCGGCAGGAAAACUCAGUUGGUUAAGUGCAGAACUGGCUCAUGGGAAAUCAGAGUUUGAUUCCCAGGGGUCGUGAUGAGCUUAACCCAGUGUGGGUUAACCACAAAGUUGCCCAAGUCUGGGUCUCCCUGUGUCGGCCCCCAUCCCGGAAAAAAUCCAGGGGUUUGUCGGGAAGGGCAUCAAGAAUAAAAAUCUCUGCCAAACCGCCUGUGAAUCAGUAAAAGCUGAUACACUGCUAGUGUGAGGCCUGCUGCUCUGCUGACCUGCUGCUGCUUCAGUCUACUCCUUUUGUGGGACCUGCUGCUCUGCAUUCAACUGGGCCAAUAGCUUUGCCAAACAAUUGCUCCAUCUGUGGGACUUAAAGCUUCUACAGCCUUGGAACAUCAACUAAAGCAGGUUGCAUUUCCAGCCUUGGAUUUCGGCAGUGCUUGCGAGGAAGCUCGAAAAAAGCGGGAUCUCUUGGUUCGAACUAAAAGAAGAUGGGUCUUAUCUACUAUUGAACUUGAGGAGGAAAUGAUAGUGAACUACCCGUAUUUUAUAUCAAAGAUGUAUAAUGACAAGAUACAGGGAAAAGACUUUAGGUUUGAAAUAACCGGAGAGGCUGUGACUGAAGGGUAUUUAACCAUUAAUGAAAAUACUGGAGAAGUCUUCGUGCUCAAAUCUAUUGACAGAGAGAAGUACCCCUGCUUCCAUGUCAUUUUUAAUGUGUAUGACACAGACACCAAUCAAAAAAUAGACAAGGAGCUGGCAUUUGAUGUGGAAGUAAAAGACAUUAACGACAAUCCACCAAGGUUUACCAAAUUUCCCAAAACAUUCACAGUAAAUGAAAGCCAAGCGGAAGGAUCUCUGGGUGUGGAAGUGAUUGCUCAAGACAUAGAUGAGAAGAAUACAAAAAAUUCUACGUUCAACAUCACUGUGGUUCAACAGACUCCACUAGAGCCCAAUAUCCAGGCAAAAUGGAUUGAUGAAAGAACUGUUCAUCUUAACUUCACUGGAUGUUUUGAUUAUGAAAAAGCAAAGGAGUACAAAAUUACUCUUGAAGCAAAGGAUCAUGGAACGCCUCCACUGUCAAGCACGGCAGUUAUAACGCUGAAUGUUAGAGACACAAACACACAUAUGCCAGAGUUCAAGAAGAAAGAGUUCCAGACUGAAGUACAUGAAAUGAAACUCUACAGGGAUGUCUUCAGAUUUCCAGUAGAGGACAAAGACACUCCCAACACUGAUGGCUGGCAUGCCAAGUUCUUCUUCAUCAGCGGAAAUGAGGAAGGAAUUUUCAAAGUGGAAACUGACCCAAAAACAAAUGAGGGUAUUUUUAAUAUUGUCAAGGAAAAGAAUUAUGAAAUCACCACGAUGGUUGAGUUGGAGAUUGGGGUAGAAAACAUUGAACCAUUUACUAAGUGUGUGAAUGGCAAACUGAUUAAACAGGACGGAAAACUUUAUCGUCCUGACUCAAUCAGUGUCACAAUUACUAUAAUUGAUGACAAUGACCCACCAGUGUUUCAGCCACCAAAAGCUGAUGUAUAUGAGAAAGAAGAAUCAGAGCCAGGCAGGGUGCUCUUCACCCCAAAGGUUUAUGAUCCAGACUCUUCUUCUUUCAGGUUUGAAUUAGUAGAAGAUCCAGCUAACUGGGUGUCUAUUGAUGAAAAAACUGGAGAAAUCAAGGGAACUAAGAAGAUGGACAGAGAAUCACCCUUCGUGGAUGAUGACAAUGUUUACAAAAUCAUUAUUGCUGCCAUAGAUGAUGGUAAACCUCCAGCCAAAAGUUUUUGUAAUGUCAGUAUUCACUUGAGGGACAUCAAUGACCACAAGCCACAACUGGUCAACAACAGCCUCAUUUUGUGUGGAAACAAGAACAACAAAGUGAUGAUACCUGUGCAGGAUUUGGAUGCUGAGCCCUAUAGUGGACCAUUUUCUUUCUAUUUUGAUGAUGAGGAAGACAAGAAGCAUUGGGAACUAGAUCCUGCUUAUGGUCAGCAAGGUGGCCUUGUCAGCCUGAAGCCACUCCCCUAUGGAAACUAUUCUAUACCACUGCGGAUGCAAGACCAACAGAACAAUGAGGGACAUGAGACACUGGAAGUGGUGGUGUGUGACUGUGCGGAGAAGAAUACAUGUCGUUCAAAACUGGCACUUUCAACCAAACUUGGAGGACCUGGCUUUGGACUUAUUAUAGUUGGAAUCCUUCUAUUUUUAAUUUUACUUUUAACUUUCCUCUGCAAUUCUGGAAGAGAGCCACUUAAAGAAUUAAAGGAUGAAGGAAACCAGACUCUCAUCAAGUACAAUCAAGAAGGAGGGGUCUCUGCAUGCAAUGCCGAACCAGUUCUUUCUUCACCGAAAACUGUACCUGAUGGCAUCAAGCAGACUAGCAUAACACGGAGGUUUGAGAUGGCUCCGGAAUUUUACCACAAUGAGGAAAUGUACAGGUCAGAACUCAACAUGAUGAGGAGCAUGAACUUCCAACAUCAAAAAGAGUCCUACAGAACCCAAGAGGGUCGGUCCAUGUACUCAUCAUUGGCCAGCAACAGGAUGAGCUCCUACAGGAACAAAUCAAUGGACCGUUAUUCAAGUGUACGUUCAGAUCUUCGGUCCGAUUAUAAUCUUACAGGACAAGUUGAAAGGAAAAUGGCUGUGAUUGCUGAAGCUGAUGCACGUGAUAAAGCAGUUGACCGACCCUUCAUCUAUAACUUUGAAGGGCAAGGCAGUAAGUGUGGGUCACUGGACAAGCUUUCACUCAGCAACUUGGGGGAUAAUUUGCAGUUUCUGGAUGAUCUAGGACCAAAGUUCAAGACACUGGCAGACAUUUGUCAAUAAGAAAUUAAUAAAACUUCAAGUUUUGAAAUGCACUGCUGGAAUGUGACUUUUAUGCCAAAAUUAGUCACCUCUUCUGAAUGUAUUGAUGGACAUAUUAACCAGAUGUUUACCGGACUGUGCAAAUAGAGUGACCUUCAUGACUUGUGUACUUCAAAUAACUUUUAACUAUUUCUAGGCAUCUAUGAGUCAAUGAAUCUGCAACAUCACAAGAUGCAAGUUUUUUUUUUUUCUUUUGUUCUUGAAUGGGAAUUUUCAGAAGGUCUUAGAUGCUGGAUGCUUUUAUUUUGCUUUGCUACUAUAGAGUUUAUUAUUACACUUUACUAAAGACAUUUUAUGGUUAUUUUUUAAAUUUUAGUCAUGUUUUAAUAGUGGUAUUUCAGAAAGAAAGUAUAUCAUCAAUAAUUCUAAGCUUCAUUAGCACUAAUUUAACUUUUAAAGUUUCUUGCUUGAUCGCUUUGUUUUCAUAUUGUGAUGCAUUUUGUAAUUUUAUCUGUGAAAGGUGUUAUGGAAAUAAAGCUUUCUUCCUGUU